UAAAGAGAGUAAAAAAACUCUCUCAUUUUCUCUGUUUCGCACACUCUCACUUUCUUCUCAUUGUCUAAUUCAGCUAAUUUUUUACAACGCCAUUAGAGCUGCCUUUGUUCCGUCUGUGUUCUUCUUCACCCCCAAAAGUUUGGCCAUUAAAAAAUCCAAGCUUAGGACUUGAAGCUCUCUCUUCCAGUCUUUGUUUGAGUGGACAAAUGCUUAGUGUAGAAAAAAAAAAUGUUUCUCAAAGUACAGUUGCCCUGGAAUGUGAUAAUCCCUGCUGAAAAUCUGGAUGCAAAAGGAUUGAUGCUCCAGCGGGCAAUUACUGUACGCCUGAUGGAGAACUUUGCUACUAGAAAGGCCACUAAGGAUCUUGGAUAUUUUCUUGCUGUCACUACUCUGGAGAGCAUAGGAGAGGGUAGAGUUAGACAGCACACUGGGGACGUACUGUUUCCGGUUGUUUUUAGCUGCAUCACCUUCAAGCUUUUCCGAGGAGAUGUUCUAGAAGGCGUUGUCCACAAGGUGCUGAAGCAUGGGGUCUUCUUGAGAUGUGGACCUGUGGAAAAUAUUUAUCUCUCUUGUCUGAAAAUGCCAGAUUACAAGUAUGUGACUGGGGAGAAUCCUGUCUUCUUGAAUGACAAGCUGUCAAAGAUUGAAAAAGAUGUUGCGAUCCGUUUCAUUGUGAUUGGAACGAAGUGGCUGGAGGUAGAAAGGGAGUUUCAAGCAUUGGUCAGUUUGGAGGGUGAUUAUCUAGGGCCAAUUUCUUAGUGUUGGUGAUACUCCCUUUGCAUGUGUUUGGUUUAUACCUUUAACUAUGUGAACCUUGUUGAUGUUUUCUUAGCUACUACUUAAGUACUUCAAUUAACCAUUUCGAACUUUGGUAACCAAGUAUCUGGCAUGUUAAUAUAAUGUUAUCAACCUGUGCUAUUCAUCCA